AUGGCAGAAGAACCACGGAGUCUACGAUCAGCAUAUGCCGAGGCAGAGUCGAAACGAAGUACGAUCGAGAACAGCUUCAGCAGCCACUCAGAAACAUUCCAGGAGAGUCUGCUUGCCGCAAUACAGCUAUUUGAACAGUGCGUCAAGAUUGCAGAUCAGAUCUCGCUGUUUAGUCCAAACGAAGGCCUGGAGGACAUCACCUCGACCGAUCUACAAUAUCUGCUGCUCAACUACCGAGUCGCCGAGCUGGUUCUUCGAAUCAAUGGUUACGAGCAGCGCAAGGCCAAUCUUCAGCGAGCUCAGAAAAGCUAUGAAAAGUACCUGAAGCAGCUGGACAAUUACGACCUCCUCUCGAAGGACGAUGCGAAGCUCCUCGAACAGUACGACGAGUCGCCCACCACCUUCUCCACGGCAUCCACCACCGAUCCAGCAUCGCGAAGAGAUGUCAAGAUCAAGCGCUUUAAGGAAGAGAAGGCGAUGAAGCAGAAAUUGGAAUACCUUCGGCAGAACCCGAAGACAGUAGACAACGAUGACGGUGUAUACCGCGACUUGCAGCUUACUAACAUAGCGUACUGCACGCAUCAGACUUUCGCGUCCCUGGAGUCAAUAGCUCAGGAGCUGCACAUAUUGUCCCUCGCACCACCUGCGCCGCCUCCCGACCACAGGCGGCAGCCCGACGACGUUCGCGAUCGGACGCGACAACGCGAUGGGUACAGUGAACGACUGGACACGCCUCAUUUGUCAGCUGGUCUCAAGAGUCCACUGCUGGACAAGAACGGGAAGCCGCUGCGACCUUUUACUUUGACAAGCAAGAGGACGGAGUUCAAAGAUGGUGUCUUCAGACCGGACCAUAGCUUGCCUACGAUGAGUAUUGACGAGUAUCUGGAGGAGGAGAGAAAACGAGGAGGCAUGAUCGAUGGCGGCGGACCACAAAGUCAAGUACAGAAAGUCGUAGACGAGGACGACUACGAUUUGGCAGAUCAAGAGACCAUGAAGGCGAGGGAGUGGGAUGAAUAUGUCGAGGCGAACCCGAAAGGAAGUGGGAACACUAUCAACAGAGGAUGA